AUGACUCGUCUUCUUCUCGCUCUUCUAACAACUCUCAGCUUGGUAUGCAUUUGGCACGUAUUGGGCUUGCACACUUCAGAAUUCAGGUAUCCGCGAACACCAAUUAUUUUCAAGUUUUAAUCCGCGAAAUUGACAAUCCGGCAGGGACUCUUUUGGAUGGAAGCACUUGCAGUUUGUUCGGGUUUGUCGGAUUCGGAUGUAACACUUAUUUGACGGGAGGGGUCGCCUCGUGAGUUUCGUAAUAGUGACUAUUUCCCUGAUAGUGACUCUUGUAGGGGCUCCGAUCUCGUUAAUGUGUUCAGCAAUUCCGAAUUGAACUCGCACGGUGAGGCAAAGAUUUCGAACUUGAAUUUGAUUGUGAAAGAUGUGAAAGCACAAGAAGUAAUUGAGUUCACCGUGAGUAACAUGCUGCUGUUUUUCAGUUCCUAACCUGAUAAGUACUUAGGGAUUCAAUGUGAGCUUCAAACUGACAACGGUCGACGGAAACGUCAUCGAUGAGUACAAUUUCCGAGUGGACUCCACUGAGAGCCAAGGGAUUUACGCAUACACGAGCGUCCGGCCGGGAACACUUCCUACUACGUCAGUUAUCUGUUUGUCUUCAAUAACGGUAUACCGGGCAUCUUGAAGGAUAUCUAUUGCAUGGGCCACUAACAUUCCCGCUCCGAGCCUCACAACAACCACUCUUUUCACUGGAACCACUCCAUCUGCUGGACCAACAGAACCUCCCACAACCAGUUGGUUUCUCACUCUCCUCAAUUAGAUCUCUCUUUUUCAUUCAGUUCCGAAGCUGCCUUCGGAUUGUGAUGAAGUCGAAGAGAAGAACUCCGGAGUUCAGACCAUUUAUCCGGACGGAAGCACUCCUGUUGCUGUGUACUGCGAUCAAAAGAGUUCCGGGGCAUACACAGUCAUUCAAAGUCGUGGAUCACUCGGAACGAAUAUCAGUUUCGAUAUUCCAUCUCUCAAUUACUCCCAUUGGUUCGGAGAGCCGGGAAUCGGAAAUAACUUCUGGCUCGGACUGGACAACAUGAACUCGCUGAGCAACAAUGGAAAGAGCUACGCGCUCCAGAUCGAUCUUUGCUGUGGUUCCAAACUGGUGGCCAAGCAAAUCUAUCACAGUUUCCAGGUGACAUUACUCUCCAGCUCUUCUUUUACUUCAUUGUUCGUUUCGUUCAGGUCGGCAGCAGUGCUAACCAAUACACGCUGACCGCGACGGCCGACGUUCCGGGUAUUGGACUGGACUACGCAUCCUCUGGUUUAACCUUCAACUAUUGUAGUUUAUGUGACAUUUUUACCUUGCAGCAAAAGACAUUGGUGCCCCGUUUUCGACGUCUUCCACUUAUAGUUUGCCGAAAGGAAAGUUAGUGAAUGAAAUAUUUGAAAUUAGUAGACUGUAAGAAUUGUUUCUCAGAACGGAAUGUGACCAGUUUGAAUACUAUGACGACGAUGACAACCAAUCAAUCGGCUAUGGGUCAGAAACUAUAAAUUACUUAUCCUCUUUACACUUCGGUUUUCAGAGGUUGGUGGUUCGGAAGUUGCGGCAACAAUCUCAACGGAUUCCUGUACCCUAACAACAACGGAGACUGUAGUGUCACGUGGGUGUCGAAUGAUCUGUUUACCAGUUAUCAUGUCAUGAUUAUAGAAAGUUCUCGACAACCAAACUCCUGGGUAUCAACUUGAGAACGUCUUCUGGACAAGGUAUUGGAGGAUACGACGUUGAUCUGAUCUCGUACGACAGAGUUCGGAUGGCUCUCUUCACUUUCGAUUCUGUGGACGUGGAUCGUUCCGAUGAUUCAUUCUGCUCCUCUUUGUGA